AUGGGCCACCCGUGUUCGGCCUUGUCUGUCGCUUUGAUGCAGGAUUUUGACGGAUACACCACACACAUAGUGGAUUCUUACGUCUUUGAUGAUGAAAAGAAAGCAGUUAGAUCAUUUCCAAGUAAACCGGAGAGAAUAUUAUACUACGUUUUGGUUGGGAAAAGGUUAGAUUUUUUAUACGCUAUAGUAGUGAGGCCUCUUAUUAUCUGUCCGAGAAACACGCGUCUAAACGAAGAUCCAAUAGUGAUAGCUACCGCUGGUGCAGUGGCAUCCACAAUGCUGAGGAGGUACACAGUCGCCAGUUAUCUUGAAGAUUUACGCUGUGCGCUCGGAGGAUUGGUCCAAACCCCUCCAACCUAUUGUUUUAUCCUUUCACCAUUCCAUCGCAAGCCAACCACUCACAUCGUUGACUAUUCUGAUGGGAAGACUGGUGACACAGUAAUGAACAAGUUAAUCGUCUACGUUAAUGGGAUUUGGAAGAAGAGUCUGUCACCACAACCUUUUGGGGAUGGGGAUGUGCGGACCUCUCUGGAGGACUUCGAGGAUGUUGCGGAGGCGGCUGGACUGGAUGCCGACUGGAGUUAG